AUGUGUAAUGGGGAGUUCUUUAGCAAGGAAUCAGAUGAGGCACUAGCAUUCUUUGAUUACUUAGCUGAAAGUGCACAACAGUGGAAUACACGAUCUGAUCGGGCACCAACGACAGUGCAACCUCUUAGGGCAAUUGGUGGUGGAGGUAGAUAUAAGGUAAAGGAGGAAAUUGAUAUCCAGGCUCACAUUGCUGCAUUAGCUAGGAGGGUAGAGGCUAUAGAGUUAGAGAAGGUGAAAGCAGCGAAAUUAGAUGAGCCUCAGCCUAAUCCUUGGGUAUACCGACAGCAACAGAAGCCAGUGCAUAAUGUUUCAGGGGAUUCCAUUGAAACGGCAAAGGCCGUCAUUACUUUGAGAAGUGGGAAGGAAGUCCCCCGACUAGAGAUAUCUAUUACGAGGCAGACAGUUGCCCCGACACCAAAAGUUGCAGUGGAGGUAGAUGAGGCCAAGGAAAAAUCAGAGGAAGUAAGUCCAGAAUUGAAGAAGUCAGUCGACAUGGAGGCCAAGACUAGUAAGGAGUACCAACCUGUGGUACCAUAUCCUCAGAGGUUGACAACUGGUCAGAAGAACAAAUACCAUACUGAGAUUCAGGAAAUCUUCAAGCAGGUGAAGAUUAAUAUUCCGCUUCUAGAUGCCAUUCAGCAAGUUCCUUCGUAUGCAAAAUUUUUGAAGGACUUGUGCAUAGUGAAGAGGAAAUUGAAUGUAAAGAAGAAGACUUUCUUGACAGAGCAGGUUAGUGCAUUGAUAUUGAGUGAAACUCCUCAGAAACUCAAAGAUCCUGGUUCUCCCACCAUCUCCAUUAUGAUCGGUGAAUCUCACAUAGGGAGAGCUCUACUUGAUUUGGGGAGUAGUGUGAACUUGCUACCAUUCUCGAUAUAUGAGCAGUUGGGGUUAGGUGAGUUGAAGAAGACCUCUAUUGUGCUACAGUUGGUUGAUAGAUCAGUGAAGGUGCCACGGGAUGUUAUUAAGGAUGUAUUGGUUCAAGUUGACAAAUUUUACUACCCGGUGGAAUUUGUGAUUUUGGAUAUGCAGCAGCCUAUCUCUACCAUUUCCCAGGCACCUGUUGUACUUGGGCGCCCAUUCCUUGCUACCUCCAAUGCAUUAAUCAAUUGUUGA